AUGCUCCUACUGAUCGUGUCCAAUGCGCCAGCCUUUGCCGUGGCGAGCCGUGUGCGCGAUGUUUUCCCAUCACCUGACUUGACCGCGGAGCAGGUGAUUGAGACGCACUUACAGGCUUUACAAGCGGGCGAUAAUCGGCGAAUCUACCGCUUCUGCAGCCCAGAGAAUAAGCGUUUGCUGGGCGUGCCGCAUUUCGAAGACGAGCGAGUCUGGCGGCAACCGCCUGAGUACGAGACGCUCCCCACAUACAGGCCGCUCGUGCGGUGCGCGCGAUUUGCCAUCCUCGGCGCGCUUCCGCUUGACGCUGGGCUGAGCGCUCUCAGCCGCGAGCUGUUCCGUGUCCGGGCGGCUGGUCAGCGGAGCCUCCCGGCGCAGGCUGCUGGAUGGUCCAUCACGUGA